AUGAUACCAUGGAAAAGAGACAACCAGUCCUGUCUGACAGAGUUUGUCCUGCAGGGCUUCUCAGAUUUCAAGACUAUGCGAGAACUUCUGUUUUGCCUGGUUCUAAUGUUCUACUUCAUGGCCUUGAUGGGCAACAGCCUGAUUUUGAUCCUCAUCUGUCUCAGUCCUACCCUCCAUACCCCAAUGUACUUCUUCCUCUGGAACUUGUCCUGUCUGGAAACUGGCUACACCUCAUCCAUCAGCCCAAAGAUGCUAGUGAAUUUGUUAUCAGAGAAACAGACUAUUUCCUUUUGGGGCUGUGGAUGUCAAAUGUGUUUCUUCCUUCUCUUUGGUGUCACAGAGUGUUGUCUUCUUUGUGCCAUGGCAUAUGACCGCUAUGUUGCCAUUUGCAAGCCCUUGCAAUACCCCUACAUCAUGAACUACAAGGAGUGUGCUAAGCUUGCUGCCACCUCCUGGGCCUUUGGGAUUUUGGUGGGUUUGGGGCAAUUUAUUACAAUAUUUACCCUUCCCUACUGUGGGUCAAAUAGAAUUCUCCAUUUCUUCUGUGAUAUUAUGCCUGUUCUGAGACUGGCUUCCACCAAUACAUACCAAAAUGAAGUGGCCACUGUCACUAUAACCGUGGUAUUUGUCCUGGUACCCCUUUUGCUCAUCUUCUUUUCCUACAUCCUCAUCAUCUCCUCUAUUCUCAGGAUGCCGGUGGCCAAGAACAGGAGCAAAGCAUUUUCCACCUGCUCCUCACAUCUCACUGUGGUCUUCCUUUACUACGGAACCAUCAUUAUUACCUACAUUCAACCCAACACAGCAUAUUCCAUGGACAAUAACAGGAUUCUUUCCCUGCUCUACACAGUAGUGACCCCAACUUUGAACCCCAUUAUUUACAGUUUGAGGAAUAAAGAGAUAAGAGCUGCUUUCAAGAAAUCAGUAGCAAGGAUAUGGAUCUUCUUUAGGUAA